AUGAGAGGUGAGUUGAAUGAUUUGUUUAUAGCGAAUUUGUUUCCGAUUUUGUUUCCGGAAAACACAACAGUUAUUUAUUUAGCAAAGCAUUUGAUCCGUAAGCCGGGGUAUUCUUCAAUGUAAAUAAGUAGUGAAUAUCGCCUCUAAUGCCUGUUUUCCUUUAAAAUUUGUAUAAAUUCCCUUUGCAUAAAUGUAAAAAUUAGUCCAAAAAUGGGUGUCUGGUGGUUGGUCUGGAGAGCAGUAGGAUUUCUAAAACAGUGGAAACACAUUGAAACAUUCUGAUCACUGGAUCGUGACUGGAUGGCAUUAUGAUAAGUUUAUGCAAAGGGCCAUUGUGGUACAUCACAAUAAUCUUUAUUACAAAAAUUUAAGGUGACUAUGAUGCUCUUCAAACCUGGCCAUUUCAAAAGACGAUCACGAUGAUGCUGUUGGAUCAAGGCAAUGGAGAUCACAUGAUUGAUGCGUUUAAUUCAGAUCCUCAAAGUUCCUCAUUUCAACGUCCGAAGUCUGAUAUGAAUAUCGCGUCGGGUUCCCCGCUCUUUAUGCCUCUUGGUAGCUUGAAUAACCGUCAGUACAUCAAGGAUGAUGUCUCCAGUGC